AGAAAGCAGAGCCAACAAGCCUAGGACUGGAUACAUUGGAAACUAAAUUGGGCCUGAGGAGAGCCCUUUCAGGUUGAGGAGCGCAGCUCUCUCAUUCUGGUCCCCGGACACCAGCAUCAGCAGGAGCGUACGUCCUCAUCGACUCAUCAGAGUAUGGCAUCUCAAGGCUGCAGUCGGGCCAUCACCUGCUUACUCUGCCUGGGAGUCAAGGAGGACCAGGAAGAGCAGCAGGAUAUGAACGCACAGAUGAUCUUUCAGGCUGGAGAGGGGAGAGAGAAGAAAUGUGUAUGGGGCCAACCUGGAGUGGGAGGAGUGGGAGCAGACAGUGAAGGAGAAGAAUUAAAAGGAGAAAAAGGAGGCCCCUUUGGUCCUGAAGCUCCAGGUCCUGUGGGUGAUGGGAAGAAGAAUGGUGGCACCAGCGGAAGUGGCGUGGAGCAAGAGCAAAUGGAGCUGGUUGCUGAGGGUACGGAGAGCCUGAAAAGCCUAAAGCCUCCGGAGAGGUCAAUGGCCCGCCACCAACUUCGGUUCACCCAGCGGCAGCUGGAGCAAUGGGAGACCAUUCUCCAGCACAGUUGA